AGUUGCACACCUGUAACAGCUCGCCAAAAACUUAAGAAAUUUUUCCCUGUCCUUAACUGGCUGCCCAAAUACCGAUGGAAAGAAUGGCUUGUACAUGACCUUGUCUCAGGACUUUGCACAGGACUCGUCGCCACUUUACAAGGUCUGGCUUUUGCAUUACUUGCUGAGGUUCCUGUUGGAUACGGUCUUUAUUCAUCAUUCUUCCCCAUUCUGACAUACUUCUUCUUGGGAACCUCUCGGCACAUCGCAGUUGGACCAUUUCCAGUUAUCUGUUUGAUGGUGGGACAAGUCGUGCUGGCCAUGGCUCCAGAUGAAAAAUUUAUUAUUACUAACUCUACAGAAUCAAAUGGAACAAUGAUAGAUUACGAAGCCCGGGAUGCUGCAAGAGUUGUCAUUUCAAGUACACUGAGCUUCUUGAUUGGAAUUAUCCAGCUUAUAUUAGGUGUUUUCCAGUUUGGCUUCGUUGUUAGGUAUUUGGGGGAUCCUUUAGUCCGUGGAUUUACCACAGCUGCUGCAGUCCAAGUUCUUAUCUCACAGGUCAAAUUGAUACUAAAUGUACCCUCAACAAACUACAGUGGAAUCCUCUCAAUGGUCUAUACAACUAUGGACAUUUUUGCCAACAUUGGUAAAACCAACUUUGCUGAUCUUACUGCUGGACUCAUAACUUUAGUGUUAUGUUUGGGGGUGAAAGAUUUAAAUGAGCGAUUUAAACAUAUUCUACGUAUUCCAGUUCCUAUUGAAGUAAUUGUGGCAAUAGUUGCAACAGGGAUUUCAUAUGGAGUCAAUUUAGAGGAGAACUAUAAUGCUGCUAUUGUGAAGAAUGUUCCAAGCGGCUUUAUUCCACCUGUGGCACCAGAUGUAAGCCUGUUCUCUCAGAUGAUUGUACCAGCCUUUUCCAUUGGAAUAUUGGCUUAUGCUUUAGCUGUCUCUUUGGGGAAAGUGUAUGCCAUAAAGUACAACUAUGAAAUUGAUGGAAAUCAGGAAUUCAUUGCAUUUGGCGUCAGCAAUAUAUUCAGUGGAUGUUUCUCUUGCUUUUGUGCUACAACGGCCCUAUCCCGUUCUGCUGUGCAAGAAAGCACUGGUGGUAAAACACAGAUUGCUGGUUUGCUUACUGCAGUUGUUGUCAUGAUAUCCUUGCUGUCAAUUGGUACAUACCUGGAGCCUCUGCAAAAGUCUGUUUUGGCUGCCAUCGUUAUAUCCAACCUAAAGGGGAUGUUCUGGCAGGUGGUGGAUGUUCCUCGCUUGUGGAGACAAAGCAAGUGGGAUACAGCUAUCUGGCUCUUCACAUGUUUUGCAUCUCUGCUCUUGGACAUUGAUUUAGGAUUAUUGGUUGGUAUCAUCUUCGGAUUGUUUACUGUAUUUCUUCGUGUCCAGUAUCCAUCAUACAAUUCUCUUGGCAAUAUCCCUGGUACAGAUAUCUACAAAGAUAUUGAAAAAUACAAAAAUGUUGAAGAGCCAGAAGGGAUCAAAAUUGUCCGCUUUUCCAGUGCCAUUUUCUAUGGAAAUGUUGAUACCCUAAAAGAUGGAGUUAAAUCUAUUGUGGGGUUUGAUGCCGUUAGAGUUUUUACCAAGAGAACAAAGGCUCAGCAGAAGAUUAAUAAGCUUCUGAAGAAAAAGAAAAUGUCAGCAAAUGAGAAUGAGAUCAGGAGAGACUCCUAUACUGAUGAAGAUUCGGAGAUGGAUGAUGACUUGGAUGAAGCAGAAAACAAAGAGACCAAUGAUAUAAUGCUGCAAAUAGAUUGGAAUGCAGAGCUCCCUGUCAGUGUGUCAGUCCCAUUGGUCACCAUUCACAGCCUCAUUUUUGAUUUUGGACAAGUAAUCUUCCUUGAUGUGGUAGCAGUCGAUACUUUAAAGGGGAUAUAUAAAGAAUUCCAGAGGAUUGAUGUAGAGGUAUAUAUUGCAGGAUGUGAUGACAAAGUGUUUGGACAACUGGAAUCAUGUGGUUUCUUCCAAGACACUAUAAAACCUGGCAUUUGUUUCCUGACAAUUCAUGAUGCUGUUCUACACAUACAGAAGCAGAAGAAGCGUCCUUGUAGUAAUGUUCUACUAGAUAUGGUAUGA